AUGGCUACCGCGCAGAAGCUCGAAGCAACGCGUACUGGUUGCAGUGAUGUGCGCUGGGACAAUGCACUGCGGGCUGUUUCUUCUGCCACUGAUGCGCGGCUCGAUGACGUCUUCGCCACCUACCCACACUUCUUCUACCUGUUCAUGUGCACGGAGCUUCUUCCGGACCUUCAGCUGCGCUUGCACAGGUGCGACGAGGCGAACUGCAACGCUCCGCCUCUGGUAAGGCUGCGUCAGGCGCUGCGGAGUACUGCAGUGGCCGAGCCCACGGAUGACCAGUCGUUAACUCAUCCAACACCCUUUUUGUAUACGGUAUUUUGGGAGGACGUGGUGUCACUUCUCUACUGCCGAUCCACUGGAUCUGCCCCUGUUAUGGGCCCGGAGACGACAAUGCGCAGCGACAGCGGUUUCACUCGUAUUGCCACCACCCCUGGGCAAACGUCGGUCUUCGUGGUGGCGGCGGUGGCGUCAACGCUGGCAGUGCCCCUCUUGAGGCCUGCGUGCCUCUGGAUCGAUCGAUUUGCCCAUUUAUGCUCGACAGCAGAGGCACAUUCACAGAGGCCUGUCGUAGUGGAGGAAGAGCAGAAUCGCGCACAGGCAGUUAUGCACAUAUUGGACGUGUGCAUGCGCUCUAUGCAGGUGGUUCCGUUUCCGAUGUAUGACAGCUGCGAUGCGGAUAUGCCGCUCAGCCUUGGCAGCUGCGAGAUGGCAGGCAGCUGGCUGAUACCGUCAACGUCAUCGCCGCUACAUGUCCGAUCCAUGCCGUUGUUUGGGCUGCGGAGACAACGGCGCGCUGUGGUACUACCGGGGCUGUCAAUUGCAGCCACCCGCAUCCGCUCUCUAGCUGCGGCGUAUUCGGGAAAGGUGAGCACAGUUGACACCGCUACACCGGACAUGUUAGUGCCUGCUGGCACGUGUGUGUGGUCGCCUGUGGGUGCGUUGACGCAGGUGUCGUGGACGGAGGCGCAACUCAGCAUGUCAGCUGUGGCACCGUGCUGCGACGAUGCUAACGCACUUUUUACAUCUAUCAGCGCGGUUCCGGCAUCGAAUUUGCACCCGGUUGAGUUGUUUUUGCUGUUCGAAGACGUACCAUCUGACGCGGCGGCAUUGGGCCGCUUGCGCGCUGCGCUGGAUGCCGAGGUGUGCGAGGGAUGGGUUGUUCUUGUCGUCCAGGCCUCGGUUCCGAAAGCUACGCAGCAGUGCGUAGAGUCUACUUGGGGCACAGACGCGCGUCCUGUCCUGCUUCUCAGCGGGGUCGGGUGGUGGGGGCUUCAGCAGUUGGCGUUGCGCUUCAAUGUGCGACCUAACACAUCCGCCACCGACGCACAUUAUCUGCGCGGGGUGCGACGCCGUCUCCGCCACGAUAGCGGUGCCGAUCAGCCUCAGGAGCGCCGAGGCUGCGGCGUUGCCGCUCUCCCGCUGCAUGGACAGCAGUACGCGCCAUCGUCUUCCCUGUCAGCGGACGACGGUGUGCAAAACCAGCGGCCAGAAAAGGGGUAUUCACGACACACGCGCUAUGCCACGGCCUUCGUAGAGGGGCGCGAGCACUACCUCUUUGUGGUAGGAGAGUGUACUGAUGGGGUAGAGCCCAGCACCAGUAGUUCUCCUACAGGGAUGAAGUCAGAACACACCGCUGGUGCGGUGGCCGACCCUACCGGCACGGUUCUCUCUCACGCCCCGCCAACUUCCUUGCCCCUCCCGCCCUCGCGGUCGCCACUGUCCCCACCCACCAUGUCCAUGCAUUUUUGCGAAGACUCGGAGGAGUCCAGCAGCAGCUCCCUCCCCCACCGCUCCUCCAGCAGUGGAUCCACUUUCUCUGACGCAACGGCAGCGGCAGCCAUGACAGCAGACGGGGCUGGCGGAGAGGUGAUGCAGGCGUGGGAUGGUGACGCGGCAGUGCCGCCAAUACCCUUCGUCGUGGUGAGUGUCCUGGUUGGGGCCGCAACUAGAGGAACACAACAGGAGUUGGUGUACGAUAUCGGCUACCACUGGCGCCUCCUUCUGCAUCAGCUAGUUCUACCUGAGCCACUUUGUUGUCAGGUGCCCACAAGCGGCGAGCGAGGGGCAACGGCCAUGGCGAUCCGUAAGUUGAACUCUGUGCUGCAGUCACCUCUGCCAAGCAGAUUCGCCUCUGCUUCUCCUGCUUGGGUACCCACGACGGUGUACACCCCGGAGCAGCUGCGUGCGCUGGGUGCCUUGAGGGACGCCCUCUUCUCUUACGAGCUUCUUUCCCUGCAGCGUGGGCCGGAGGGACGAACGCUAGAUGAGUCAUGGCAAGAGCUGGAGCGAUACACAGAGCCUAACACGAGCCCAUACGAGGGAUGCUCUGAGCCACCGACCGAGUCGUGGCUCGCUAUCCAAAGUGCUUACCUAGCAGUGGCUAACUGCGUGGAUGAGCUCUGUCACACCGUCGUCCUCGGCGGGGGCGAUGGUGAUACCUCUGCGAAUAACAGCGAGGCACGGGGCAGCGCCAGACGCGACCUCUACUUUUUCCCCGUGAUCUGA